GGCUGAACAGCUGCUGGGGGGUGGUGGAGCACGGCCGCAUCCUGGGCAAGCUGCCCGGGCAAAUGGUGGCCACGUCCCAGGGCGUGCCGCUGCUGGUGCGUCGCCCGGCGCUGGACGAGUUCGUGCUGCUCAUGAAGAGGGGACCCACCAUCUCCUAUCCCAAGGAUAUUAAUGCAAUGCUGCUGAUGAUGGACAUCCAUCCAGGGGACACCGUGUUGGAAAGUGGUUCUGGGUCUGGUGCAAUGAGUUUGUUUUUAUCAAGAGCAGUUGGGCCACAAGGACGUGUUAUCAGUUAUGAAAUCAGAAAAGAUCACCACGCUGUAGCAAAGAAGAAUUACAGACUCUGGCGUGAUGCAUGGGUAAUAGGACAUGUAGAAGAGUGGCCAGAUAACGUGGAUUUCAUUAAGCAAGACAUUUUAACAGCUGCUGAGGAUAUGAAAUCUAUAACAUUUGAUGCAGUAGCUUUGGAUAUGCUUUGCCCUCAGGCUGCUUUGCCUAUUGUGUACCCAAACCUUAAACAGGGUGGUGUAUGUGCUGUAUAUUUAGCAAAUAUCACACAGGUUAUUGAACUGUUGGAAGGAAUACGGAGAAGCAAGCUUCCUCUUCUAUGUGAACAGAUCAUUGAACUUACUCAGAGAGAAUGGUUGAUACAACCAGCUCGGCAGGAUAGCAGGCUUGCCCCAAGAGUAGAAGCACAACAAAAUAUAGAUGAGGAACCUCAACAAGAUGAAGAAUAUCUUGUUCAGGAACAAGCUGUCGUUGGAGGCAGUGAAGGUGAUGAGUCACUUUCUGAACAUGUUGCGGCACUUGGUUCAGUACCUUACAUUGCUCGGCCUUACCCUUGGCAAGUUGGUCACACAGCAUUCCUUAUCAAACUGAGGAAAUUUAACCCAGUACAUCCAGACACUGUUCCAGAUGAUAGUUGGUAAUUUAAGUACUGUAUUUUACGAAAAUAAUAUUACAUGUUAUAAAUACCAUUUUUGUAGACUUGUACAUUUUUUUAAAAUGAUUACUGCUUUGAUUUGUAUUGAAUAUACAUUUUGAUACUCUGUGUACAAUUGAAAAGGGAGGAGCAAAUGAAAUAAUCAGCUAUGCUAUAGCUAUGCAACAAAGAAAACAAACAUUUUAUCAUGAAGUUUAGAAGAUUCUGUGCCGUGUCAGUGAUCAGUCUUGUCAGAUGCAUUUCAUUCUUCAUUUCCUGUAAACCAGUCCAUGGAUUUGUCUUGGUUCAUGCAGCUACCUUUUCUGCCCCUGGUGGAUAGGCUUAUACAGUCUACCGGGAGUUUUAAAAAAACCAAAACAAAACUUUGUUUAUAUAGGAUAAAGAUCUAAUGGAGCAAAUUCUGCUCUUUGAUAUAUGAAUGUAACUUCUGUUUAUAUCAGUAUGUACUUGUCAAUCAUAGUUAGUUGCUUUAGAAAUAAAAUAUGCACAUGAAGUCAAGAGAAACUUCAGUUCACAGAAAUUUUACCCGGUAUCUACUCAAGGCACUGUGUACAUGAGGUAAACGACCAGGUAAAAGACUAGUUGUUGACAAGGUUCACUUUUAGAAGACUGAAAAUUGCUUAGCUGCUAGUAUAACACUAGUCUAACAUUUUUUAGUAGCUGUUACAAAAAAGAAACCUUGGUACUUUAUCUAAAGAACAAAACUAACAAGUCAAAAUAUGUAAGUUUACAUCCUACUCCUUUUCUGUGCUUCUGUGAUAGGAGUCUUCUGUAACUUAUGGGUAUAUUCAUUAUUCUGUUUUAAAAAUGUUUUUUUCUCUGAAGCCAUGUUGAGAACACUCAAAAAACCCAAAAGAACUGAUUAUCCAGGAGAAACAGUGACCUGCUGUUUCAUACAUCAAAUGCAUGAAGUAAACAGAGGCAAUGGUUUUUGUGGGUGAUACCUUUUACUGGACAAACUGUCCAAUGGUAUCAUUGGCAAGGACAUAGACAAGCUUUUAGGUAACACAGUACCCUUCCUCAGGUCUCUGAAGUAAAUAAAAUAAUUCCUCCCCCCCCAAUCUCUUUUCAGUUAAUAGUACUCUUAGCUCUUACAUGUAACACCAGUGGGUUAAAAAAAGUGUGAUCUAGAAUUUGAGAUUUAAAAGGCUUUUUAGAAGGGUAAAAGGAUGGUAAUAGCAAGAUUAAUCUGUGAAAUGUUCUACUGCUUCAUCAGAGUGAUUCUCUACCCAUUAUAAAUAUCCCAUAACUGAAACAUUUCUGAAGUUUGAAAUGUCCUCUAGAGCUGCAAAUUUUAACUGAGCAAAACAAGAAUUGCUAUAGCUACCAAGCAAUUCAGUUUUACUUGUACUAGUGAAAAAGUGGAUAUUUUAGAGAGAAACUUUAUUUAAAUAAAAUUAGAAAAAUAAGCCCGUUUUACAAAGAUUUGUACGUAACAUUUUAUAGUGUAAGUGUUCCCCAGUGUUUAACCCCACAUCUAAGUCUUUGCAGGACUGAGGCAUUAUAUAUCAUUAUAAUACAAAUCUACCAAAAGUGUAUCCUUCUAAUGAAUAUUCUGAUUUUCUAAUUACAACUUUAUAUGAUGGAGGUCUCCUAAUCAAUGGCUUAACAGAUGUCUUUAAGUUUUGACAAAUGUGUUAUCACUCUCAUUUUAAGUAUUGUGUUCAUUUUACAAGACCUCAGCUCUAUAGGACCUCCAACAUACAAUAAAAGCUAUUCAUGAUUUUAUAAAACACAACACCCCAAAAAUUGAUCUAAUGAAAAAUAAAUGCAUAUUCCAGUAUGUAUGACUGUAGGCUGGACUGUUUAAAAGAAAGUUGAACUUGUGUUGCUCACAACCUUAACCUUAGAACUUACAGGAUAAACACGAGUUAGGGCUUUGGCACAGCUUACCUUAAAAAUAUCAUACAGGCAUUUAAAAUGAGAGCAUUCAUUAGUUGAGGGGUUUUAAAGUGCCAUAAUUACCCUCUAAAAUGUUUCAAACCUCACUACAGCUGAAGUUUAUCUUUGAUUCAUUUGCCCAGGACAUUUUAGGGUAGUGUACAAAUACUCUGGGGAAUUUCUCUCAUUCCUCUGGCAUCCCAGGAUGCACAGAUCCCAGCCACUACCUUUUCCCACCCACCAAAUUUCUAGGGGGUCUCCUUGCCUGUCUCCCCCACUUCCAUACUUUGCAGGGAGCCCCAGGGCCUCAAUUAACUGGAGACCACAUGGUGGGGGAAGCUUCAUUGUGCCUUCUCAGUACCCCUGGUUCCAUAAGCCCCCUGUUUCUCAACUCUGCCCUGGUAUGUGCUCUGUGCCAGGCAGCAAGCGUAUUGGUUCUCAGCCUUGUGCCCUGGCUAUUCUUUUCCUCCCCCAGACCAGAACAUUUCUCCCACCCCAGCCAGCUUUUCUACCCCUAACCCAAUUGUCCCUGUCACUUAAUCCCAGUUCACUGAGACACUUGCAAGAUUUUAGUUCUUUAAUUUUUUUUCACUCCUUUCUCUUUAUUCCCCCUCACCUCACUUCAAACAGUUUUUCAGGAUUUCUCCCCUCCUAUCCUCUACCCUGGCUAGGCUCCUGCUGACUGUAGAGGGAGGGAAGCCACAGGCUGCAUGCUAGUUUCUCCAAGAUACAUUGCAAAAAUCUAGUUGGUCUAAUAAAAGAUAUCGCCUCUACCACAACUUCUGA